AUGAUCACUCCAGAUUUAAGUGAUUUUUUGGAGCACGAAGAGAAAGAAAGCAUUUUGAGGGCAAUCUCAGCAAGUGAUAAAAUUCUAUCGUCUGGAAUUUGCCAAUAUCUAACUGUUGAAAAGGGAGAAUGGGUCAAGCCUAAAACAGGAGCAGCGGUUGCUUUGUUUGUCAAGAAUAGUUCAGAACGAUAUUAUCGAAUAGUUGUGAUUGAACCAUCAUCUCAACGAGAUUGGGAGCCAGCUGUGCAAUUCGAUUUCAUAAUAAGAGAUAAAAAGUUUGAAACAAUUCAAGUCCAUGCGAAACUUCUUGUCUUCGAAAAUGAUAAAGAUAACGAAAUCGGUCUUCAUUUUUACGAUUCCAAGGAAUGCGAAAACUUCCAUAAUAGUAUUUGUAGGCGACACAGUGCUAAAACGGAAAACCUCGGAAAACCUUCAUUGUCUGAAAAGAAAGAGAAGAAAAAGGAGAAGAAAAAAAGGACUUUUCCACUUAUCCAUAGUUUGUUUCACUCGAAAGUAUCUAAAAAAGUUAUAGAAAUCGGAGAACCAACUGAUUUUCGACAUGUUGAUGGAAUCAAGUUAACUGAUGGACAAGAAGACUUGUAUAUGCAAGUGAUGAGCAAGCUAAAAACUGAAACUCCGGAAGAAGAAGAGACUGUAGUUGCUUCAUCAUUCUCAUCAACUUCUGCAACACAUCGUUCUUCUUCUUCUGUAACUGUGACGACGUCUUCUCUCAAACAUAGUCAGACUGUGACUGCCAAAAGUACUGAUUGGGAAACUCCCAGAAAAGAUACAUAUGGAGUUAUAAACAAAAGAGAACCUCAGAAUAUAUAUCGAUUUGAGCGAAGUGAGCAAGGAAAUGAACUUGAGCAGAAAGUUAAGGAGAGACCGCCAGAGUUACCAAGCAGGAGUACUUCGAGGCACAUUGAUCCAUCUUCUCCAUUCAUUCCAUCUCAUCGUGGAUCGUAUCGUUGGGCAACUCAACCGGAUACUAUUCCAAAAUCACCGCCUCCAGUUGCACAGAACUCUCAUCAAGUGGAUGAAUUCGCGGAAAUGAAACUCUCCACGGGCGCUCCAAAUCGUACUGCCCCACCUCCUCCACCAGCGAAUCCACCUUCUCUGAAGACAAUACAAUACAAGACGCCAGUUACUUCCUCCACAACACGAAGAGAGCCUAGUCCUUCAAUAAAAGUAUCCACAAAAUCAGCUCCUCCACCACCAUCUCCUUCUGUCAAAUCGUCGUCACCGUUGCCACCAGUUUCCACUAAAGCUCCACCCCCACCACCUCCGCCACCACUUCCACCGAUUGCCACACCAUCUACAGUACCUCCUCCUCCCCCACCACCACCACUUUCAUCAGUUAUGAAUCCAAGUAAUGACGAUGAAGAAGAUGAUCCUGGUUCUCCACCUGUUCGCUUAUCAACUGUUCCUGAAUCCUCUACUGAUCGAAGAAGUUUAAUGGAUCAAAUCCGAUCAACAGACCGUUCAAAAGUACUUCGAAAAGUUAGCGAAACACCGGAUUCGCGACAAUCCGUUGUUUCACCAACGUCUGGAACUAUUGUGGAUCAGAUUCAAAGCUUCCUAGAUGCAAGGAGAGCAGGAAUCAAUCCAAGUGACUCAGAAGGCUCAGAUGAUGACGAUGACGAAGAAUGGAGUGACUAG